AUGCGGCGCCACGCCGGCCUCGCGGGGGACGCGCAGAAGGCUGAGACCAAAGAUGAAUUUGUUAAAAUUAGAAGGAGGGAUUUGGAAAGGCUGACAACUGAGGUUAUGCAAUUGCGGGAUUUCUUACCCAAAAUAAUAAACGGUGAUAUCCUGGGGACAUUCCAGAAACUGGAUGCUAUUGAAUCAAACAUAGAGAAAAAGGAGGAGGAAAUACAGCAGCUGAAAAUGGAUUGUGAACACUUCAGAGCCCGUCUGGAAACAGCCCAGGCAGAUUGCAUGAAAGAAAAGAAGGAGAAACUAGACCUCCGCCAGCAGCUGAAUGAGGCCAAGCAGCAGCUCCUGCAGCAAGCAGAGUAUUGUACAGAAAUGGGUGCAGCAGUGUGCACGCUCUUGUGGGGUGUAUCUAGCAAUGAGGAAGCUGUUAAAACCAUUCUAGGAGGAAGUAAAGCAGUGAAAUUUUUCACAAUCACUGCACAGACCAUGGAAAGCUUUGUGAAGUCAUUAGGCGAAGACAUGAAACAGCAGGAUUUGGAUUCUGAUGAAAAUCAGUUUGUGUUAGCUUUGGCAGGGAUUGUAACAAAUGUGGCUGCGCUGGCAUGUGGCCGUGAGUUCUUGGUUAGUUCAAGUCGUGAAUUACUGGACACAAUGAUGCACCUCCUGGGAGACAUGAAGCCUGGACUCUGUACCAAAUUUAAAGUGCUAAUGUUAAUGUCACUUUACAAUGUGAGUAUCAACUUGAAAGGCUUGAAAUACAUCAGUGAAAGUCCAGGUUUUAUUCCUUUGCUUUGGUGGCUAUUGAAUGACCCAGAUACAGAAGUUUGUCUUCAUGUGCUGCGGCUCCUCCAGUCUGUGAUUCUGGAGCCGGAAGUAUUGGUCAAGUCAGCCUCUGAGAUGCGUGAUACUUUGCCAUUUCAGCGUAUCAUUGCACUGUCGAAGAGCCGCAAUGCAGAUCUGCAAGCACUUGCAAAAGAACUACUUGAAGAUCUUAAAAUACUUGAGUAUGAAGCAUAGAAGAGCUCUAUGACAUCAACUGCUUACGUCUAUCUUAUAUUUUUAUGCUGCAAGAGUUGUUGGAGGUAGGCUUGACUGAAAAAAAGCCUCUGCCUAAGUUCCUCUGACAAAAUCCUGUUCAGAAAUUGGGUAGCCCAACUAUAAUAUUUGGGGCAAAAGUGGGUUUUGCCUGCCCAAAUACAAUGUCAGGUCAUCUGUUAGAGAUGGGACAGACUUAAUUUCUUUGAGUAGGAUUUUGCUGGUAACAAGUUUCUGAAAUGAUCCAGGUUAUGUUAUCUACUUGCUAUAUAUAGGGAGUAAAGUAAUAAUUUUUUUUAUUGACAAUAUAUAGUUUAUUGUAGUGGUAAGUAAUCCUUUUGGUCCAACUUUCUUGCUUUUUCACAACUCUUCUGUGUCAGAAUGCAUCCCAAGUUCCAGUUUUAAUGUUGUUAUU